UACAUCAGUACGUGUUUCAUAGUAAAUAUUUGCACAACAACCAAUCAUGAACUGCUGCAGGAAAAUUUUCUUGGCCUUCGAUUUGAUUUUGCUAGUGCUAGUAGGGCAAAUUUCAAUCUUGAGAGGAAGCUAUGUAGAAAAUAAAGGAAGAAACCAAUCCACGCUGGAUAUUGAUGUCUGUACUUUUUACGAUUAUUCCCUUCUAAUUGAUCACUUGCUAUUCCAAAAAACUUAUAAACCAUUAAUAGUAAUCAUAUCACGUGAAUUUACUGACGGAAUAAACAGAGUUAGAAAUAUAUCUCAGAGCAAAAGAAUAUCAAUCAUUAAUGAAAUUAAAAACAGCAAUUAUUUAAAAAAGAUGUAUAAAUUGAUAGCUGAAAAUUAUUAUCUAUUUAAAGCUCACAAUGUAUACUAUUUUGUUUAUCCAGUAAACAAUCUAGACAAUUUUUUCACCAUUUACUGUCAAAAAAUGCUAUUAAGCGAUCAGUUGGGUGUUACCUUUGAUUUUGUCAACGUAAAGGAAGAGCAUCCUUUUUUUGAAGAUAUUUUAGUUCCUCUAAAACCAAAUUGUACAAAUUGCCCUCUGCUUGAAUACGUUAACAAAAAACUACAGACAGGUGAAAGUUUUUCCGAAUUGUUCAUAUUACGAGAACAAUUGUUUAGAGAAAAAACAAAGUACAUAUCCCUGAAAGCAUUCGACAAUGAUUACGCUUGUGAUUCGAUUGGAUUUAACAAUAAUUCUGAGAGCGAAAGUUUUUUAAUUCGUUUUAACACGUUGCUGCAACAAAUUCAAAAAAAAAAACAAUUCUGAUGAAAGUAAAAAGAAUAGUAUUUUUGAAAGAAGCCUAAAGUGCUUCAAGUCAAGAAAUCUAGAUGUUACAAAUAAAAUUUUUUACGACAAUAUUCACGAAAAGAAUCUAAAACACCCUUUCACUGGAAUUAAUUAUUUAAAAUGGAUUGAACGCACUGUAUUUUCACUUAAUGUGAAUGAUACCUCAUUUGGCAACAUUUGUAAAAAUCAACACAAAAUACAUAUAUUUAAAUUAUUUUGUUUUAUAAAAGAUAUAUCAGAUAUUACAUCCUACGACAGUAGAGCAGCGUGGAUGCAUACCCUAAAACAACUUGUAGCUACAUCAUUGAUAAAAAAACUUGUGUGGUUCAACAUUUUAAUAUCUUUCUAUCAAUCUGAAUAUUUCUUGGAAAAUGAUUUCAUUUUACUCAAACUUGAAAUUUUGGAAAAACAAAUGGUGAAUGAAAGUGGAAAUUGGAGGAGAGUAAUGAGUAAUGCUUACAACUUGAUUUCAAAUUUGAUGAGAGAAAAGAGUAGUAGCAAGUCUAUGUUAAGUUCACCCUGUUUAUUUUACAAUUAUUUGGAUACAAUUGAUGCCUUACUUCCUGAGAUGAAGUUCAAGAGAUUAGUAAUAAUCGUAGCUGAUAGUAUGCUCAUAGGAGUGCGGAAAACUAUUAACAUUGAAGGCAAAAAAGUACUACCAAAAAUAAAAAGAGGAGAUCUUCAUUAUACAAAACAGUUUGUGUAUGAUGAAAUAAUGAAACAUUUUUAUCUACUUCAAUCAAAUGAUACUUAUUAUUAUGUUUAUCCAUUGAUCGAAAAUAGAUAUCACGACAUAUUGAUUACCUACUUCGAGUACAAGAUGAUAGGAGAUUAUUCCAAAGUCUUAUUUUAUUUUGUAAAUGCUUCCAAAUAUUUUACUCUUGAUGAAGUCAGUCCUGAUUUUGUCAUUCCUGCUCUAACAGACAACUGUUACUUAUUUACAACAAAUUGUAGGAAUCGUUUUUUAAGUCCCAAAUAUUUAAUAGAUCUGCAUCACCAAGUUUACAGAAACUAUCCAAAAUAUUUUUUAUUCUACGCCACUUUUUACAAUAAUGUAACAGAAUUUAUUAAUAAUCCCCAUUCACAUAAUAAAGGAAAUAAUUCUCUUGAAUAUGAAUAUGAAUUUUACAAUUAUUUAAAACGAAAACAAAUUUCUUACGAUACAGACUAUUUAUUCGACGAUUUACCGUGCUCAUCUCUUCAGAAAUUAAAUAGGAGAAUUGACAUUAAAUUUAGCAUAACUGAAAUAGAAAAUUUAAGUUACAUUGCUACUCUUACAGACUUUGCUUAUAAAAACAUAACAUCAAUAAAUAUCACAGACAAUGUUAAUUUGAAGUAUUUUUGUAUGAAUUCGAAUAUCUUUCCGUUUAUUAAAUUCUUUUGCUUUUUAAAAAUUAAUUAUAUGGAAGGUAUGCUAAAAUUAAUAGAUAUGAAAAAAGAUCAUGUUGAGGAUAUGAAAAAAAUGGUUGAAAAUGAGAAAAAUGUUAUUAUUGAAUAUUUGUCAAAGACAUUAAAAUGGAUUAACGCAAUGUUACAAAUCGAUUACUCUGAAAUGUAUAAUAAUGAAGCUAGAAUUUUAAAUCAAUCAGAACUUUCAUACUCGAAAAUACCGAAGAUUGUCUCAAAUGAUGCUGAUUCGUUUAAUAAAAUCUAUUCAGUAAUAAGGGAAACUGCUCUUUAUUCUAGUUGUAAUAAUUACACGAAAAAAAACAGUUCAUCGAUAAGUAGGGAACUUAGUUCUGAAGUCUUGAAUACGAGCAAUAUUUCUGAAGAAGUUAGUAGUUGCUUAAUUAAAUAAGUAAUACUGUUUUUCAAAAGAUUAAAAUUAUUUCGACACUUUUUGGCAAUCUAUGACUUGAAAAAUAGUUCUCAACUUUUUUAUCUAUUCAUUCAAAAGUGCACAGUUAGUUACAUACUCAGUAUAUUGAGUAAGCAAUUUUUUAAUUAAUGUACAUCAGUAAUAUUGUUUCUUCUAUGUUAUUGUUUAUUGUAAUCAAAAUUAAUGAAAAAAUAAA